AUGCUUUUGCAAUACAGUGAAAAUUACCCACCAGUACAAGCAUCCCCCGGCAUUUUUAACGCAUUACUUGGACCCGCAUAUUACGAAAUGCAGGGCGUAGAUGGUCCAUUAUCAUUCGGUUUCGCUAUCGUUUGUAGCAAAUCACAAUGUCGUCUGCCAGAAACAGAGUCAUUUGUGAGAUGGUCAGGUAUGACUCCCGAUCAGGCUACACCUGUAUUUAUGUACUCCGCUAGUGGUGAAGAGGAAUCUUUAACAGGAGCUUGCUUGAGCCGAUGCCGCGAGCUACCAGAUUGUGCCGCUGUCAUUAUUGUUUAUACUAAAGGGAACUGUCAAGGCAUCUCUAGUUCAAGAACAAAUCAACUUCGACCGGAUAAUGAUGUCGCUUAUUUUAACAAAGUAUGCUUAAAAUUGCCAGACAAUUGUAAGCAGCGUUGGUGGGCGCUAGAGAGUACUCCAGGUUAUUAUUUGAAUUCUGAUGGACCUGAUGUCAAGGUCAUUGUGAAUUCAACAGUUCAGGGUUGCUAUAACGCGAUGUUUUCUACAAACGAGAAACGAUACCGAUCGGCGCAAUGGAUUGAUCCUAGCAGUCCGUUAGACAGUUAUUUUGUAGUACAAAAAGAAAUAGGGAAUUGUAUAUUAAAUGGAGAAAAUAAGUUUACUGAGCCGGAGUCCUACCGAGUUUCAAACUCGUAUACCUUCUACAUAGAGAAUCAGUGCACCCAUGAUUAUCCGAAAAAAAUUGACAGAUGUUCCUAUGAAGAAUAUUACAAUCAAACGGUCAAGCACUGUAAAACAGCGUGUGAGCAGGAAAAUCGUUUCGUCUGCAGGGGAUUCACUUGGAUAGCGUCUUCAUCUCGCGGUAUAUGUGACCUCCACAGUGAAGACCUGGUCACAGCUGGCUCCUGGCUCCUCAGACGAGUCUCCGGGGCUACGUAUUAUCGACGUGUUAUAUGUCUUAACAUCAGCGUGGAAUGUUCAUCAUCUCAAUUGGUGGUGACGUACCGACCUCACGGUAUGUUCCGUGGCCGGGUGUACGUGCCAGGGAAGGGAGAGCGUUGUAGUUCAAGAUCUUUAACACCCGCCUCACACGUCCGCCUCGCGUUGCCCCUACACGGCGAUUGUGAUGUCAACUUCGCAUUCGCCAUAUCAAAAACACCAGCAGGCAUCGUUAAUAGAACUAUGGCGUAUGUGAUGCUCAUGAUCCAGAACAAUCCGAUCAUACAGACGGCGGGAGAUCGGUGGGUGAGGGUCGGCUGUUCACCGGGAGACAGACAAGGAUAUACUAAGGUGGACGCCACAGUCGCUGUUCAGGAGUCAGGCUCCCUGUUGGCAAAGCCACAGCACCCACCACUUUCCGCUGCUGCAGAUUUGUGCAACGGAUAUGUAGUGCGGAACGGUCGAGCCCCUCUCCGUCGUGAGACCACCGACGCCGCCGCGAACCAAUCACGGCGCUCGGUUAGGAUCGCGUGUUCGGCUGUGUUAAGUGAAAGGACAGAGACCUAA